AUGAAAAUGCAAGAGUGUAUAGUAUUCCUUCAAGCUGUCGUGGGUGUAUCGUAUGCUGUGAGGUCACUGUAUGGUCCAAAUAAACUGCAUGAACUGGGCCAGACACUGUUUACUAAAGACACAUAUACCGUUGCAAGCGUGCUACAGAGCCAAAAUGCAGGUACAGCUAUUCUUCAAAAGGCGUUGGAUGAACAACAUAAAUUUGUUGGUUCAAGCUGUUCCACGGUCGUGACUUUGUGCGGCGUGUUGGCGGAGACUGUGAUCGAGCUUUUGAAACAGGGUCUUGACAACAAUGUUAUUCAGAAGGCACUAUCUUCAGCUAUGACAUGUUGUGUUACAGUUGCUCUAUCCAUGCGAAUUCCACUGUCUGAAGCUAUUCCGUCAUUUCAUAAUCUUACACGAACACAACAACUUGAAGUUAUAGUGCGGAUACUUUCCACCGAUGAUGAUCAAAAGGUUGCAGCGAAUUUAGCUGUUAAUGUAAUUUUAAGACUUGACUCGAGUCGAUUUUGUGGAGAUGAGCUUCUGCCACUUUCGAGAAUAGUCACAUCUCAUGUGGUGCUUGGUGGCGCUACGUCUGCCAUUAGCUCUCAAGUAUUUGAUGGUCUAUUACUACCAGUCGCUGAAGAUUCGCUUCGAAGUGCAUUGAGUCACAAAUUAGCUUUGAAUGUUGAUUUGACAACAGAUAAAGGCAUUGUUAUUCUUAAUGGAGACUUAGACACGAUCACAUUCUCUUGUGAUUUCUCAAUUCAAGUCAUUUUUGUUCAUGGUGAAAUCAGUGCACGGACAAUCGAUGCAUUUGUAUCAAGUACAAGCGCUCCACUUUGUAUUCCUAUAGCAUCGUACGAGUCAUUGCGUCAGCUCGCUGAGAUGAGUGGAGCUCACCUUGUGGAUUCGUGGGAAGAAUUGCUGCCGAAUGCCAUCGGUCACGAAAAGAUUCAAAUCAAAGCUCAUGAAUUUACUGUGAGCUCUAUUAAUGACAAGGACGAUGACGAGGCCGCAACUUUGUACAUACAAAUCUUGCGUAGCAAUACCAAGUACCAUCUGCAUGCAUCCAUUGUUGUACAAGGAUCCAAUAAUUCCUUAGCUGAAGAGCUUCAAAACGAAAUUUAUAAAAUGAUAUGUCGUAUACGCAACACAUUGCGUUCAAAGUAUGUGCUUCCAGGUAAUGGAAGCUUUUGGUGUGCCUGUGCAGCAGUAAUUAAGAAAGAGGCCGAAGUACUGGCCUUAUCCAAACUCGAGCUGCUGAGUUUUGCUGUCGCAAAAUUGGCAAACUCCUUCAAUCAAUUAGGGGUGAUAAUGCUUGGGAACACCACCGAAGAAUCAUAUUGUGCGAGAUUGGCGCGAGUCCAUACUGUUCAACAACGUUUCGUUCGGAGCAUUCAGGACGUAGGUUUGACCAAGUUUUUCUCUUGCUAUUUCGACUUUCGAAACACCAAUUACGCUCUUUCAUUGUCGCCGGGGAGCGAACCAGAUAACGUUGAUGAGUACUCAAGUAUGACAUUCGCUUUACAACGAAGUUUUCGAGUUAUUAAAAUUCUAUUAAACAUCGAUCGCCAUCAGGUAAACUAA